AUUUGGGGUCAAGCUGUCAUUUCAGGUUGCGGUUGACUUUGCGUAUAGCAGCGAUGGGCGAAGGCGGCUUUGGAAAGGGAAAGAACGACGGCAAGGGCAAGAAGGGCGGUAAGAAGGGAAAGAAGGGAAAGAAGGGAGCCGAGGAGAAGGAGUGGGUGCCAUGCACCAAGCUCGGGCGUCUCGUUAAGGAGGGCAAGAUCACCUCGAUCGAGGACAUCUACUUGCAUUCUCUGCCGAUCAAGGAGUAUCAGAUUAUCGACCAGUUCUUCGCGCCAGGCACCCUCAAGGACGAGGUGAUGAAGAUCCACCCGGUGCAAAAGAUGAGCUCGGCCGGUCAGACGAACCGUUUCGUGUGCUACGUCCUUGUCGGCGACAACAACGGUCACAUCGGCCUGGGAUCGAAGUGCUCCAAAGAGGUCGCAACGGCCAUCCGCGGUGGCAUCAUAGCAGCCAAGCUGAGCCUCAUCCCCGUUCGGCGGGGGUACUGGGGGAACAAGAUCGGCCUCCCGCACACGGUGCCGAUGAAGGUGGCCGGCAAGUGCGGCUCGGUCCGCGUGCGGCUCGUGCCGGCGCCCCGCGGCUCGAGCGUCGUCGGCUCUCCCGUGAUGAAGAAGAUGCUCGCGUUCUGCGGCAUCCAGGACCCCAGGCCGCCUGAACGGGGCCGUGGCACAUGGAGUCGGAGGAUAUCCAGGGACUGCUUCACCUGCUCCUGUGGGCACACCAGGACCAAGGGCAACUUCAUCAAGGCCACGUUCGACGCCCUGAAGCAGACCUUCGGCUACCUCACGCCGGACCUGUGGAAGCCCACGCAUUUCAUCAAGGCUCCGUUCCAGGAUCCUGAGUGGUCGGACUACCUGGCCCAGUCGAAGGCGGCCUACUGAGCGUGGCCGACGCCGCGCACCGCGCGGGCUCCAGCGGGCACACUCCCUCCGGCCUAAUCGGGCGCAACGCUAAAAUCGGGCGUUGCUAGAAGUGGCCAGGGGCACCUUUCGCACCCCCCGGUAGAAAACCAGAAGCGCUCUGCUCCGCUGCCGUCGUCGAGGGGAUCGUCCGACCAGGAGCCGCGCGCGCCAGGGACGGCACGGGCCUCCCGCCGAG